AUGGCGGAUGAGAAUGAGACAGCACCGAUGCCGGAGAAAGACGAUGUGGAAGACCAUGGACAUUGCAGCGACUGUGAAAAUGAAGAGCAUCAUUUUGAUGAUGGAGACAAAGGUCUGGGGGAUGACACUGGGGCCAAGAAGAAGAAAAAGAAGCAGAAGAAGAAGAAGAAGUCUGGUGCCACAGAGGCAGUGAAGGACCCCCUUACCAAGGUAAACUCAUUGCCAGCUGAUAAACUGCAAGAGAUCCAAAAGGCCAUCGAACUGUUCUCUGUUGGACAAGGCCCAGCCAAAACCAUGGAGGAGGCGAGCCGGAGGAGUUACCAGUUCUGGGACACACAGCCUGUGCCCAAGCUAGGGGAAAUGGUGACGUCACAUGGCUCCAUUGAACCUGACAAAGACAACAUUCGUGAGGAGCCCUACAGUCUUCCACAGGGCUUCAGCUGGGACGCACUUGAUUUAGGAAACUCUUCUGUGCUCAAGGAGCUUUACACACUUCUCAAUGAGAAUUAUGUGGAGGAUGAUGAUAACAUGUUCCGAUUUGACUACUCUCCCGAGUUCCUGCUCUGGGCUUUGCGCCCCCCUGGCUGGUUGCCGCAGUGGCAUUGCGGGGUCAGGGUCAACUCUAAUCAGAAGCUGGUGGGCUUCAUCAGUGCCAUCCCUGCCAACAUUCGCAUCUAUGACAUAGAAAAGAAAAUGGUUGAGAUCAACUUCCUCUGUGUCCACAAGAAGCUUCGCUCUAAACGAGUGGCCCCGGUUCUGAUCAGAGAGAUCACCAGACGAGUCAAUCUGCAGGGCAUCUUUCAGGCAGUCUACACCGCAGGAGUGGUAUUACCCAAACCUGUGGGCACAUGCAGGUACUGGCACCGCUCUUUGAAUCCACGAAAGCUGAUCGAGGUGAAAUUCUCCCAUCUGAGCCGGAACAUGACAAUGCAACGGACCAUGAAGUUGUACCGUCUGCCUGAGGUCCCCAAGACACCAGGCCUGCGGCCAAUGACUGAGAGGGAUGUGCCAGCAGUACAUCGCCUCCUUGGUGAAUACUUGAGCCAGUUCCACCUGGCACCUGUUAUGAACCAGGAAGAGGUGGCACACUGGCUGCUGUCUCAGGACAACAUUAUUGACACUUACCUGGUGGAGAAUGAUGGCAAAGUGACUGACUUCCUGAGUUUCUACACACUGCCUUCUACCAUUAUGAACCACCCUGUGCACCGCAGUCUGAAAGCAGCCUACUCCUUCUACAACGUGCACACUACCACCCCUCUGCUGGACCUUAUGUCUGACGCGCUCAUCUUGGCCAAGUCGAAAGGAUUUGAUGUCUUCAAUGCACUGGACCUGAUGGAAAACAAGACUUUCUUGGAGAAGCUGAAAUUUGGAAUCGGGGAUGGCAACCUACAGUAUUAUUUGUACAAUUGGAAGUGUCCGAGUAUGGGGUCAGAAAAGGUGGGCUUGGUACUGCAGUGAUGUGCUCUUGCUGCCCCAAAUAAGUGUCACCUGUUCGCCAGGAGACCACACAAACGCACUGACCACCUGACAGAUGGACUGAUGAACUUCCUGCUCCGAAAGAGGAAACCCACCAUCCAUUUUUACUUUUUGACUUUCUGACCUUCGACCUGUACUACCGCUGCCAGGCUGGGAGAGUUCGUCGUCCUUCCCCCUCUUCCUCCUCCCUCCAUCACAUGGACCUUUUAAGCCAUUGUAGUUAACAUCCAACACAACUCUAUUACAUCUGAAAGCUGUCCUUGAUUGUCUCACACACACACACACACACACACACACACACACACACACACACACACACACACACACACACACACACACACACAGGAACAGUUUGCACAGAUGACGGUAUAUAAACAUUCACUGUUGGCAUACAUACAAAAGCAGACAAUAAAUGUAAAUAUUAUCAAAAAACCUAACAGCAAAUUAUGCCCAAACACAUACAGACCUAGAACCUAAUAUUUUAUUUUAUUCCUAUUUGUUGGAAGUGAUUUUUGCAAUGGAAAAAAAUUGUCAUCCCUAAAUUUUAGAGAUGAGAAAAUUCAAAGUGAUCCAAUAAUAUUAAAAAAAAAAAAAAAGAAAAGGAAAAAGAGCAAGAGCUGAGGUAAUAAAUGCCAAGAGUGGACACAAGACAAAGGGUUUUGUUGAGAUUUUUCUUUUCACCCUUAAACCUGCGGAUUUGUCAUCAACCCUGUUUUUAAUAGGCGUUUUGGACUUCUCUUAGCUCACUGCUUGUUGAAGACAUUUAUGGUGGAUUUGUUACUCAUUUUAUGGAAUAUUUCCCCUCAUCGGUAUUAACUGUCAUGAUCCACUCUCCAGCUUGCUACAUUAACAGAGGAAGCCCUGUUCUAGGAGAAAAUAAAACAAUAACCGAUGAACGGACCAGCUCGGUCACAGUGAAGAAUCUGUAUGGACUAUGUUUGACUUUUCUGUGGGUGUGGGGGAUGAGUGGGGGCAUUGGGCUCAACAAGUUUGUGAACAGGGAUGGAAGGAUUUCUAAUGACACCUCUGAAGUAUCAGCACUGUUGGGGGAUUUUAGGACACCGUGCAGGGUGGGUUGAUUGGGGAAAUGAACGUAGUUAAAGUUAUGUAAACUUGUUUGGAAAGGCAAACAUGUUGGAAAACGGGUCUCAUGGUGUUAUGAUGCAGGAAAAGAACGUGAAGAUGCAGAAGAUGUUUUUGAGCAAAAUAAAGCAAUUGCUCUUGGACCCCCCCCCCUUUUUUUUGUUUUCGUGAGCGAUAUCCCAAUCAGGUGUGCCAUGCCUACAUUAAGAAUAUCCAAAAGUUCUUCUCAGCCAUUAUUUGAGAAUGGCUGUGGUUCAUAUAUAAUAAACUUUAAAAAUCAAAGAAGGA